AUGAUGCUGCUGGGCCGCGGGCCGGACGCCAGGGACAAUCAGACUAGACAAAUGCAAGAUGCUGUUUCAAAUGUGGAAAAACAUUUUGGUGAACUGUGCCAAAUAUUUGCUGGAUAUGUACGUAAAACUGCCAGACUACGAGACAAAGCAGAUCUUCUAGUAAAUGAAAUAUAUGCAUAUGCAGCUACAGAGACACCAAACUUAAAAGUUGGACUGAAAAACUUUGCAGAUGAAUUUUCCAGACUUCAGGAUUAUCGCCAGGCAGAGGUUGACAGGCUGGAAGCCAAGGUUGUGGAACCUCUGAAAUGUUACGGGACUAUAGUGAAACUUAAAAGGGAUGAUCUUAAAGCAACUUUAACAGCAAAGAACCGAGAAGCCAAGCAAUUAUCUCAACUGGAAAAGACACGUCAGCGGAAUCCAUCAGAUCUACACAUAAUUUCACAGGCUGAAAGUGAACUGCAGAGAGCAACACUGGAUGCUACUCGAACAACUCGGCACUUAGAGGAAACCAUUGAUAAUUUUGAGAAACAGAAGAUAAGGGACAUAAAAAACAUAUUUUCCGAAUUUAUAACUAUUGAAAUGUUGUUCCAUGGGAAAGCUUUAGAGAUAUAUACUGCUGCCUACCAAAAUAUCCAAAAUAUUGAUGAAAAUGAAGAUUUGGAGGUUUUUCGGAGCUCACUUUAUCCACCAGACUAUCAGUCUCGCUUAGACAUAGUUCGUGCAAAUUCCAAGUCCCCCCUGCAAAGAACUGGCUCUUCAAAAUCUUCAUUGAGAACAGCACAGCAGAUUUCCCGCAGAAUGCUUAGAAGAGAUGAAGAAGAGGAUGAAGAGGAAGAUGACGAUGAUGAAGAGGAGGAUGAGGAGGAUGAAUUUGAUGCUACUAAGGAAGUGAGAUAACAAAGCUGUUCUAAGAGGGGUUUUUUUUUAUUAGGGGGACAAAAAAAACAAAAACAAACCCCUUUACCUGAAGUCUUUCAGUGGGGCUAUACAUUUAGAAUUCCAGCAGGAGCAAGAAUCAGCACUGAUUCUAGAGUGCCAGACAACAAAUGACUGGUUUAAAAGAAUGGGAAAAAAUCCACUUAAAGUGGACAAUUUCAGUAGCUAGAAAAUUAAAUAUUUAAAUAGAUGCCUGUAUUAUAUUUGCAUAGAUGUUAUAUUGUAAUCACAUUUGCUGAAACUUAUGUGAUAAAGUGUCCAAAAACUGCACUAAGCUUUCAAGCAGUUACAUUGUUUUCUUGUUACUUUGCCAAUAUAUUACCUCUCUAGCUAUACACCUCUUGAAUUUAUUAAGUACUCUAACUGUAACUGUUGUAAUUUGGUUUAUACAUCCUAAAGUAACUGUAGUAGUUAAGAAACUGCAGCAACAACCUGUUAAGAUUUCAUUUUGCUAUCCACACUGGAUGGCAGAAGGCAGGGUGAGGUGUACUUUUAUUUUCAUUUUCCUCAGGCUUUCAUCAGGUACAGAUGACUUUUGAUUCCUUUAUGCAUACAGAAAGAACAGUCACAAAUAAGGAACUGGCCCAGUAUCUUAUGUUCAAUCUGCUGCUCUGCUUUUAAAUAAAAGUGCCUUCAUGAUAAAACUAGUGGAUAUUUUAUGUAGUUGAUGUUCAUUGUCUUAGUUGACAUGCUCUACAUAGUUGAAACAUAAUAGUUUGAACCAGUAAGAGUUCAGUUACUGCUUCCAUCAAACAUUACACCUUUUGAGUGUAAUUUCUUAUCCUUUUUGGAGAUAGAAGUUACAUGUGUUAAUUUUUUAACAAUGUACGUUGUCUGUCAGAAAGCUGCUCUUCACACUGUUCACCUCCAGCUUUAGUAUCUGCUAAAGAACAAAUGGAGAAGAAUUUAAAUUUUCUCAGUCACAAGUUUAAAAUUAUAACAAAAUCUUCUUUCAGUUACAGAAAUAAACCAAGUGCAUUUAUAAUAUUGAUGCUGCUUUU